UGUGCACUGUGUGCAGUAGUAACAUGCGUUGUUUAUGCGCUAGGUCAGUGUUGAAGGGCAUUGGUGUUCUUAUACUGGGGUAUCUCCCACAUUGAAGCAUUCAACAUCAUAUUUUUAUCAGGGCAGGUUGUCGUUAGCGCAUGUCUACGUGACAUUUGGAAGUAAAAAUGCUUAAAAAAAGUCCGAACCUAAAAUAUUUAUUGAGUCUUGUACCGGGGAAAAGACGAUUUGGGACAUACAGAUUUUUGCCCUUGUUCUUUUGUAUCGGGGGUGUCAUGGAGUGGAUCAUGAUUAACGUCAGAAUAGGAAGAGAAACAUUUUAUGAUGUCUACAGAAGAAAGAGAUCAGAGAGGGAAUACCAACAGAAAAUUGAGGAGGGCUUAAUAGUUCUCAGUGAAUCUGAAGCCAAAUGAGAAUCUUUAACUUCAGAACACAAUGGAAGGACCACAUGAGCUCAAUAUGAAGAGACGGAAUCAAAAACAUAUCAUCUAAAGACUGAAUGUGUACUUUUGUGUAAAUAAAUGGAGGAUACAGGCAGAAUAAACAUGCCUGUUAUUUAUAAAUAAUACAGCUUAAUCUUCAGAAAUGGAAAAUACAGAAAUGCUUACUUAAAAUUUGUGCAGAACCUAUACUUUUAAAGUCUUAAUUAUAUGCUUUGUUUGGUAUAUGAUAAAGUUACCAAAAAAGUAUAGAAAAUAGAUUAUAGACAAGA